GCCUGUCCCCGCCCGGUGGAGCGGCUGCUGGCGCGGCGCGGCUCGGCACGGCGGCGCCCGGGCGCAGGCGAGCGGGCGGAGCAGCGGACGGCGCCCAGGCCGCCCCACGCGCCGGGCUCGCGGCGGAGCGCGCCGGACUCGUCGGGGCCCGCGGCCGCCCGCGCCUUUCAAUGGGCAGCUCGCACUUGCUCAACAAGGGCCUGCCGCUCGUCAGACUUUGACCCCGGCGCAGGCUUCAGUGGUCGCCAAGGAUCAGGAGCCUAAGAGCUUUGGUUCGAGACAAUUAAAGACGUGGGAUGAGGAUCCAGUGACAGGACGCGGUUCUGCCGGGGGAUUCUGAAGAUAAAACGCUUUGAAAAGUCGAAUUCAUGGUCGUGGAAGCUGAGCCCAUAUUAAGAAAUGUCAGGCGUCCGACCCCCGAUCAUGAACGGGCCCAUGCACCCCCGGCCCCUGGUAGCGCUGCUCGACGGCCGGGACUGCACGGUGGAGAUGCCCAUCCUGAAGGACGUGGCCACGGUGGCCUUCUGUGACGCACAGUCCACGCAGGAGAUCCACGAGAAGGUGCUGAAUGAGGCAGUGGGGGCGCUGAUGUACCACACCAUCACGCUGACCAGGGAGGACCUGGAGAAGUUCAAAGCUCUUCGUAUCAUUGUUCGGAUCGGCAGUGGUUUCGACAACAUCGACAUCAAGUCAGCUGGGGACUUAGGCAUCGCGGUCUGCAACGUGCCGGCGGCGUCUGUCGAGGAGACGGCCGACUCCUCCAUGUGCCACAUCCUCAACCUGUACCGCAGGACCACCUGGCUGCACCAGGCGCUGCGGGAAGGCACACGGGUCCAGAGCGUCGAGCAGAUCCGGGAAGUGGCUUCCGGAGCGGCCAGGAUCCGUGGGGAGACCUUGGGCAUCAUAGGACUAGGUCGCGUGGGGCAGGCGGUGGCACUUCGGGCCAAGGCCUUCGGCUUCAACGUGCUGUUCUACGACCCCUACCUGUCAGACGGCACGGAGCGGGCGCUGGGGCUGCAGCGGGUGAGCACCCUACAGGACCUGCUGUUCCAUAGCGACUGCGUCAGCCUGCACUGCGGCCUCAACGAGCACAACCACCACCUCAUCAACGACUUCACCGUCAAGCAGAUGCGACAAGGCGCCUUCCUGGUGAACACGGCCCGGGGCGGGCUGGUCGACGAGAAGGCGCUGGCCCAGGCCCUGAAGGAGGGGCGGAUCCGGGGCGCAGCCCUGGACGUGCAUGAGUCGGAGCCGUUCAGCUUUAGCCAGGGCCCUCUGAAGGAUGCGCCUAACCUGAUCUGCACCCCCCACGCGGCCUGGUACAGCGAACAGGCCUCCAUCGAGAUGCGGGAGGAGGCAGCCCGGGAGAUCCGGAGAGCCAUCACAGGCCGGAUCCCUGACAGCCUGAAGAACUGUGUCAAUAAGGAUCACCUGACAGCGGCCACCCACUGGGCCAGCAUGGACCCGGCUGUGGUGCACCCCGAGCUCAACGGGGCCGCCUACAGCAGGUACCCGCCGGGCGUGGUGGGCGUGGCCCCCAGCGGCAUCCCAACCGCCGUCGAAGGCAUCGUCCCCAGCGCCAUGUCCCUGUCCCACGGCCUGCCCCCUGUGUCCCACCCGCCCCACGCCCCUUCUCCCGGCCAAACCGUCAAGCCCGAGGCAGAUAGAGACCACGCGAGUGACCAGUUGUAGCCCGGGCGGAGCUCUGCAGCCUUGGCGCCCUCGGACGGGUGGUGGCGGAGGCGGCGUCUGCGAGGCCACAGCGCUCCAGAGACUGUCCGGGCGCCGCGCGGGCGAGAGGCCCGCUCCUCCGCCCUCCCCGCGUCAGCCGUAGUCGUCCUUCCCCGAGGGCCAGCCGCUGUCCUGUGUUCUUUGCGUCCUCGUUAAGCAAAAGAAGUUUAGUAGUUAAUUCUAUCAUGAAUGUUCUUGUCCGUGUACAGUCUUUAGAACAUCACAAAGGAUCGGUUUGCUUAGCUGUCUGCGGGGAGAGAGCCCGAGGGGCCGUGCUCCGCAGGCCGGGCUGAGGCUGCGGCCCGAACACACCCGCGACCAGGCAGUUGGGCAAACUUCUCAGGACAACGACUCCUUCCCGUUUUUCUUUCUACGCCACACAGUGCAUUGUUUUUUCUACCUGCUUGUCUUAUUUUUAGAAUAAUUUAGAGAAACAAAACAGAGGCUGUUUUUCCUCAUUUUGGCAUGAACCCCCUUGUUCCAAACGAAGAUGGCGUUGUAAGUGGCUCGGAGAGAAGAGGAGGGUGUGGCGCACAGCGCGCUCCGGCCGUCGGCACCGGUCCCGGGACGUGAGGGCGCAGCGCCCUGGCCUGCGCGGGUGCCGUCCUGCUGACGUGGUAGGCUAGCAAUAUUUUGGUUAAAAUCAUGUUUGUGACUGUAACCAUUUGUAUGAAUUAUUUUAAAGAAAUAAAAAUCCCAGAAAGAGCCGGCA